AUGGCAGUUAUUGCUUUGGCUAUCACCUUCUGUUAUGCAAAUAUUGCUCUUGUGGUUGAGAUGCCUCAAACUUUUGGUGCAUUAUUCCAUCUUAAUGCACAGCAAUUAAGUUUGCAUUAUAUCGCACUUAUAGUUGGCUCUAUAAUUGGAGAGGUACUUGCUGGGCCACUUUCUGAUUGGUGGAUGAAAGUAUGCUAUAAGAAAAGAGGAGGACAGAGAAUAGUGGUUGAUAGACUAUGGUUAUCUUAUAAUGGAUUUAUAGCAGUUAUCGUUGGGUUGAUUGUUUGGGGUGUUUACCUAGAUAAAGUAGAGGAAAAUCACUGGAACAUUUCUGCAUUGAUAGGUGCCGCGGUUGCAGCGGCAGGGAAUAAUAUUGUUGCAACUGUGUUAACAACUUUUGCUAUUGAUAGUAGCAA